GUAUCCUUGGGAGUUCUUCUUUCACAAAAUGUCUGGGAAAUCGCGCAGUUAGUUCUCUAGAGCGAUGAGCUAGUUGCAUGAACAUAUACCGAGAACCAAAAUGAUCAUUCUUAGCCGCAAGUGUCAAACUCAACCUUCGCAAGCCAACAAGAGAUAAAGUAGGUGAUUUCUUUAAUUCAACAAGCACUUGGGAGAGGCGAGAGGGUCCGGGGAUCGUCUUUGGUUUUCGAGGCAUUUGUACGGUAGUGUCCGACCACCUGGCUGGAAAUUUCAAGCGCGCACAUAAAUUAUUACGAUGGCAGAGCCAGAUGAACCUUUAGUCACAAGAAGGUCUAAGCGGAGCACAGCAGGCAACCGGAUGGAGGCUGCUCUGGCUGAGUUAGCUUUGGAAGAUCCUAAGGACACAGAAGAUGACGUGGAUUUUGUGGUGGGAAAAGACGAGGAGGAUAUAUUCGAAUCUGACUUCGCGAGUACCGAUGAAGAAGCCAUCCAAGAAGGCUUGGAUCCAGGUGAAGCCACUGUUCAAGACGAGGAAAGGAAAGAGCGCAAGGCCGCUCGAGCGCGGGUAGACAAGGCAACGGCAGCGGCUCAUGCUAGACAACGAGUGACUUUUAACCCUCAAGCACAUUCAUCGUCUUCAAACGAUGCCUCUCGCCCAAAAUUGAGACCAAAAAGAAGAGUCUCUUUAGGAGUUGCUAUCAAUGUUGAAACCGGCGAAGUCAUCGAAGGCUCAAAGAGACAAAGUCAAAGAAGGCAUACUAUCAUGAGUACCUCUGCUACUGUGAGUCGCAUCAAAGAUGCGGAAGAGAAAAAGGCGUCCGUUCCGAAAAGGUUGAAGGUCAGGACACGGGCACCGACGCAAGACGAACUAAUAGCUCUUGCGCUUGAUACAGAGGAGGGAAAUAUCAUAGAACAUAGGGAUUAUCUAAAACUAGAAGAAGAGAAGCGCGCACGGGCACGUGUGAUCCGUCCUCAUAUUGAGGGACCCAUGUUGAGGUGGGUUAGUCGAGCAGAGGAAAUCAAAAUGAUUCACUCUCCCUUGGUUACACAACCAAAUGGAGGCUCCAUUGUUACAAGUAACAUCUCUGUCUACUCUAGUUUCCGCGCCUUUCCAACUGAUGUCAGCGUGGCGGCGGCUAAUCCUACCCAACCUUUAUUCGCAUCGGCGGAUGUGGGGAACCCAAACACUCCUUCGGCCUGUGUACCCGCUUCUGAAGUAUUGGUUAGCUCACCUCAAGUAUCUCUUUCGGUCCCAGGCGGGCCCGGCUCCCUAUCUACCCAAGCAGAGCGGAAAGAAAGGAUCUGCAAAAACUACGUCAUUCAUGCCAGGUCACAAUCGGAGAUCACUUCUAAACCUAUAUGGAGAGAUACCAUGUCAGCUAUGUUUGGAGAUCAUGUCAAGUGGGAGGAUCUCCGUGUGUAUAGUGGAAAACAGAGGCCAUUAACUCGACCUAGAACUACAUGUUUGCUCAGCGGACUUCCCGCGCAAUAUCUUGAUCCGAGAACCAAUGUGCCCUUUGCCAAUGUUCGUGCAUAUAGAACGCUCACGCAAAUUCUGGGCCAUCAUUAUUCUUGGAGUGGCCCUCUGGGGUGUUAUGUUUCUCUAGCUAGUCGGGAUGGACAAACAACCGACGAGGGUCGACUAGGAAAACGUAGGAGAAGCGAAACUGAAGAGCGAGACUCGAUUGAAAGGUGAAAACGCUGAGAAAUAAACAUUUGUUCGAUGAAAGAUAUCAAAACCGUUGCCUCGUAAUGUUCUAUCGUUCUUGAGCACGCAGCUCUAUUAGCCAAUCAACUUGCAAUAUUGCAGGGUCUUAUACUUAGCCGUGUUGUGCAUACCGCUCAAUGUGACAUAUUGAUUGUCUUCUUGAGGUUGGACUGGACACAAACAUAGGUACAUGUAAAGCUACAUCAUUUUGUUGCUUUGUACUGUACUGUAACAUUACUUCCGGUAGGUGUUUUUCUAAGUACACGCAGAUCCGCGAUGCAUGUGACCGUAAACAAGACCGUAAGACGCGUCACAUUCUAUAUCUUUUACUGUGGUACUGUCAUGUCAAGACCCGUCCCACGUCCAUCUACUGGUCGUAUGCUCUCCAUGGAUUCUACAAUAACGCGUCUAUUAACAGCAACUCCACGUCCUAGUAUAUCUCGGCC